CAACUCUGCAGAAGGUGCUGUAGAAGUUGAACUACAGGGGAAUGCGGGAGAGGGACAAGCGGCAACGAAGAGCGGCGUAGUUGGAGGGAAGUUCAUUGUUGCUUAUGGGUGGUGCUAGUGUAAGUAACUCAGUUGAAUAUUUUUGACCUGUAGUUCUCGUCGCUGGUCUAGAUGCUCACUCGCUCAUCGUCAUCAUUGCAAUACAACUUCUGCGCUUUAAAUUUAACCCAAAUGUAAUAAUUGAUGUCCUCUACGGUACUCUCCUCAUGUGCCCUCUCUAACCUCCCGACGUCUACGACUGGAUCCAGUGUGCUGAGUGCGAGCCUCUCUCGAUAUGCCGGGUUUCUUUGGAAGCUUUAGCGGUGCUCUACGAACCAGUGGCAGGAGGUGGUGGCACCUUUGUAAGCGUUCCUCCGGAGACGCCUGCCUGGCUCACUCCAACCCCGGUUGAAGAAAGGGCUUGGACGCUUUUGCUACGGCCUCAACACACAUCAUCUGGAAAUUCUCCGAAAACGAUUCCUAUCCUCACUUACCUUCAGUUUCUGCAACGAUGGAGUCUCGCAGAAAGACGGCUAAGGAUUGUCUUCUCCGGCGGCUCUGCGGCAGUGGGGAGAGGCCAAUCAUCGGCACAGAGUCAAGAAGAAGUGCCAAAAAGCGCUGGUGCAAUUGUAGCGAGGGCGCGUUCAGAGAGAUCAGCAACCGAUGUUGACGCAGGAAGCAUAGAGGAGGGUCAAGAUGACUACAACAAUCUUGAUAGGGCAGAAAAUUUGGAUGCAAUGGCCGCACGAUUGGCGUAUGACAGCCUGGUAGCGGUCGUCUCCCGCACUAGCACCACCAAACAGGAGCAGAAAAACCCUGAGACAAAAGGUCUGCUAACACGCACAAAGAUUCAAGCCAUCGUGGAACACGGGAAUAUGCGGUACAAGGUAUGCGAAGAUGAUGCGUCGAGC